AUGGGGACACACCCUAUAAAAGCAGCAAGACGCCAAACUUCAAAGUUUGAGAGAGUCAGCUAGAGAAGACACGGGUGGAGAAACCAAGAUUCCUCAAGCUGCUGAAAAUGAUGACAUUAUCGUUCCUCAUGUGCAUCUUCUCAGCAAAACUUAUGGGAAUGCAGGUUGCUGCUGACCCUGGUGUUGCCUGUGCUGGCUGCACCACUGACUAUAUGCCAGCUGCAGGCAAUGAAUGUGCAGAUUUGAAAAAGUACCUGAAUUGCCUCGAAACUGCUGCGGGACCAAAAGAUGGAUGCACACUUUUAAAAGACGAUGCCAAGAAAAUAAAAGCCUCUACUUGCACGACGGACUUUGCACCACCCUGCACAUGCCUAAAAGAAUUUUGGGGACGUGAUCCAACUGUUGAUAAGGAAUGCGGAUCACUGAAGAACUAUACUGAAUGUCUCAACAAAGCAGCUGACGCAGCAUGUGAUACUGGACCCAAAGCGUCUGUGAUCGUUGUCAGCGUGAAGGGGAGAUCGGAUUCGAAAUGCAGUUCCGGAGCUUCUUCACUGGGAUUGUACAGUGCGAUAGCUUCCUUUCUUCCCUUCGUCAUUACUGCAUUCCGACUUUGACCGACCCAGAACAGAAUGCCUGCUGUCCAAACGUCCAUCGAGUGUCGUCGCUUAUGAACUGUCAAAUUAAUUAAUCUGUAUGAACGUCAUGCUUUAAACUCCAGAUAGAUGAAAACGUAAAAUUAUGAAGGAAUCUUUGCGGGAUUGUUCUAAUCGUCAUUGCAAGAAUAUAAAUGUAUUUUUAGUGAAAAAUAUAUGAUGACAUUUUCAAGUCUCUUAAUAUUGUGUGCAGUGUUAGAUCAAGUUAUCGUAUAUUACUGUUUACUUAUUAGAUUUAAUUUGUAUAUAUUUUGAAUUUAAAAAUGAAGCUGCUGCAGACUGACUAAAGGGGAAAAAUCUCAAACGUACUCUUCUUACUUGCCUUUGCAGUUUUGUUUCAAUCGUAAUUGCAAGAUUAGUGAACAAUAGAUAGCCUCUGUUAAGUGUACAGUGUUGAAAGAACAAGCUAUAUUUCCACACUGGAUGUGAUUUAUAAAAUGUUUGAAUUAAGAAAUGUAGCUGCUGCAAACUGACUCACAGGGAAAAAUCUCCAACAUACAUUUAGGCCCAGCUGAUGACGUUUACUGAUGACGUGAGCCUCCCCAAGAGGAACACUGACGAUUAGAAAAUGUCAUCAACCCUUUAGACACUUUGGCAGCAGAUCAGUCAAUAUGUGCAUGGUAUAAGUUUUGUUGGAUUGUGCGGAUGUAUGGAUUUACCUAUGUGAUUGAAGAAUAUCCCCCAAAUAAAAGUUAUUUGCAAGA